AUGCCGUCUAUUCUCUUCGCGUGUUUCCUCGUACAGCUGCUCAUUCACCUCGUCAAUACCUUUGGCGCAGCUACGAUCAAUAAUAUAUUAUGGAAUCUAUACAACAUGCUCCCAACCCCAACCUCGCGAUCCGCGGGCGAGCAAAAAAAGCUGAAGCGGGAUUUCAUGAAAGUGCGUCAUGAAAUGAGUACGACGAGUAGUCAGCAGGAGUUUGCCAAAUGGGCAAAAAUAAGGAGACAGCACGAUAAGCUGUAUGAUCAGUUAGAAAAAUCAAAAGCCUCUCUCGAGUCCAGCAAAUCCACCUUCGAUUCCUCAGUUUCUACACUCCGCUGGUUGGGCACAAAUGGACUACGCAUGUUGUUACAAUUUUGGUUUUCCAGGCAGGCUAUGUUUUGGUUACCUAAAGGAUCGUUCCCUUAUUACGCGGAGUGGUUGUUGAGUUUCCCAAGAGCACCAUUGGGAAGUAUCAGUAUACAAGCAUGGACACUUGCAUGCGCGGCUGUAAUUUUGUUGGUCAGCGAUGCUUUGGUUGCGGUUGUCGCAAUAGCUUUGGGAACAGGAAGUGGUGUUCAAGGUCAAGAGGGAAAGAGAAUGGAGGAGCCUAUGAAGGUUCGUGGACAAGGCACAGAGAAGUUUGGGAAGAAUUAA